AUGACUGAAUCCUCUUCUUGCGUGUGGUUGCAGAACAUAAUGUUGCUUCUGAAGGAAAACAAAUUGCGUCUACCUGGACAAUUCGGAAGCUACAAGUUGUUAGAAUGGAAAGCUGAGCAAAAGCCGAAACAGUAUUGUUUCUUUUUCCCCUCAAGCUGGUGGGAGAAGCAUUUACUUGGUUUAGUGGGAGGAGUGAUGAUCUCGUUGCUGGUUACUUCGGUGAUGAUAAAACUUGUAUUGGUGUUGAGAAGGAGAAAGCAAGAAGAAGCUAGUUAUGAGCCUGUAAGUGCUGUUGUUAAAGAACAAGAACUUCAGCCUCUUUCCUCUGAAACAUCUAAUGCUUGA